UGCACACAACAUGGAGGAUAGUGAAAGGAGCAGGCAUGAUAUCAUAGAAUAACGCUCAGUUUUAGCCAAAACAGGCUUUAUUAUUUCAAUAUUAAUCAAUGAAUAUAUUGGAAUUUAGAGGAAGAUGUUUGGUCUCCGUCUGUCCCUGUGGCUUCAGCCUGGGACACAACUGUGUUCCGUCUCCCGGCAGAGUGUCCAUAAACUUGCUUCGCUUCAGAAAGCCACGUUGCUUCCCCCAAAGAAAGUCCAAGGCUUACUCUACCCCUUCAGUGAGCUGGAGGCUUACCUGGACAGGUCUGUAGACAGGACACAGUUCCAGCUCUUUCAUCCCAGUUUGGAGGACAUGGUUAAAGCAGAAAAGCUCUUCUACUCUUCACCGUCUCAUAAGAUUGAUUACUACAUCUCUGCUGAGAGGCUGGACCAUGUACCUGCACUGAAACCGCCGGAGGUGUGUUUCAUCGGCAGGAGCAACGUGGGCAAGUCCUCUCUCAUCAAAGGGCUGUUCUCCCUGACUCCUGAGGUAGACGUCCGAGUCUCCAAAACUCCAGGUCACACGAAGAAGAUGAACUUCUUCCGAGUGGGCAAAGCUUUCACCGUGGUAGACAUGCCAGGCUAUGGUCACAGAGCACCCAAAGACUUUGUGGAUAUGGUGGAGCCGUAUCUCUACACAAGGAAGAAUCUGGUGAGGACGUUCCUGUUGGUCGAUGGCAGUGUUGGUCUCCAGAAGGCUGACCUGAUUGCCCUGGAGAUGUGUGAGGAGAUCAGACGUCCAUAUGUGAUGGUGGUGACUAAGAUUGACAAAUGUGGCUCGGGAACACUGCUGACCAACUUAAUGGAUCUGCAGGAUGUGGUGAAAACACACACCACGAGCUGCUUCCCCCAGCCGUUCCUUGUCAGCUCCCUCCACUUCUGGGGGAUCUACCUCCUGAGAUGCUUCAUUACCCACGUAACGGGGAGCCUCAGGUUAACGGACACUGCUCCCAGUUGACCAGAGCCUGACUGGGUGGAGCUGGGACUUUCUAAGCUCCACGUAAAUCCUCAAUGCUAGGUUCACAUGCAUCUAAACAACUUCUUCAGAGGCUUUUAUUUUCUAAUAAAACAUAAAAUAUUCCUUUGUU